CCCAGGCAGACAAAUCCUGUCCAUCAAUAUGUCAGAGACAACACAAUAUACCCAAAUCGAACUCCUCACCCUCAAAGGCCCGGAGUACCGACGUGUUUCAACCGCACCUCCCCGCAGCCCCACGGAAGACGAGAUCCCUGUCAUCGAUCUGACCGCAAUCAACGGCACCCCGCAGAAGAGAAAAGACCUGGCGAGCAAGAUCAGAGCAGCCGCGCAGAACACGGGCUUCUUUUAUGUCAGUAACCACGGCAUUCCGGAAGAGGUAAUACAGAAUGCGCUGGCCCAGGCGAAGGCUUUUUUCGGACAGUCGGAGGAGGAUAAGAGGAGGGUGUCGCAUGAGAAACUGAAGGGACACGAUGGGUUCUAUGGCGUGGGGACGACGCAGAUAAAUAAAUCCGAGACGAAAGACCGCAAAGAAACCCUCUCUCUACGCUAUAACCCCGAAAACGACCCGACCGUGUCAGACCCCACAGCACUCAAUGACGAGCGAUAUGGCGCUCAGGAGCUCCUCUGGACCGAAACAAGCCAUCUCCCGGGCUUCCGAGAAGUGACGAUUGAUUUCUGGCAGCGGAGGCUAGCUCUCGCGCGCCGAAUGACUCGCAUCUUUGCCCUUACGCUGGAUCUCCCUGAAGACUACUUCGACGAGAUCAUCACGCACCCCGGCGCCGACGGGUUAUACAUCCACUACCCCGGAACACCCAGCAUCGAGGCCAAGACACAAGGGAACAUCGACAUCGAUGCAGGGAUCGGCUCUCACACAGACAUCCAGUGUUUCACGCUCCUGUGGCAGGACAUGUCCGGCGGGUUGCAGGUGCUAUCGGCCGACGACGAGUGGCUGGAUGCGCGGCCGAUCGAAGGAACAUUUGUGGUGAAUAUCGGUGACUUCCUGCAGAGGCUGUCGAAUAAUCGGUUCAAGUCGACGGUUCAUCGCGUGUAUAAUCGACGCAGCACGUCGCGGUAUGCGAUGCCGUUUUUUGUGGGGUUUAAUCCCGAGGCUGUGUGUGAGGUUGCGCCGACUUGUGUGGACGAUGAGCAUCCGGCGUUGUUUGAGCCGAUUUCGUGCGGAAAGUGGCAUCGAGAUCGAUUGGAACUGGCUCGGGGAAGAGCAGCUGCAGCUUAGGUAUCAGGUGUAAGAGGACGGAUGGAUUUUCAUUGACGUGCAGAGUAUUGGACCGGGUCCAAUUGACCCUAACAGUCUGUUGGAACUUGUCGUGGAAUUCUGAUCACAGGGGUUAUAUACGCCGUAAGAGGUGGUAAGCGGAAAAGAAGCUAUAUGC